GUCUGACAGGAAAGAUUAGAACAGUUUUCCACUUGGUGUCUGAGAAAACUAAAUUUAUUUCCAAAUUUAUCAUCACUGAUGGUCCCACAGCAGGAAAAUGGCUGAAGCUGAAGUUCUUCAUAAUAUUAAGUUCACAAGAGCGAGGGGAACCACAGAUGAAGCCACACCCUCUAUGGAUGAUCCCAUUUAUUCCAACAUCAGUUACUCAGAAACUCAGCGACCUGCAUCAAACAGGCGAUCGGGGGUCACAUCGGAGCGAGUGGCCCUGCUGGUCCUCAGUGUUCUCCUGGCAGCUGCCGUCACAGCUCUUGGUGUAACCCUUCAUGAAAAUACUCAAACCAAGAAGCUUCAAGAGGAAUGUGAGGCAAAACAUCUCUCAGAAAUACUCAGUAAGACACAGGCGUAUAAAGUGGGGCAGCCAUGUCAACCUCCUUCAGUAAGAGAGCAAACAUGUCCGAGCUGCGAGGACGGCUGGGAGCCACAUGGAGGAAAGUGCUACUUCUUCUCCUCAGUUAAGUUAACCUGGAUUGAGAGUAGAAGACAAUGCAAAUCAAUGAGAGGAGACCUGGUUGUGAUAAACAGCAGAGAGGAGCAGAGAAUCUUGGAGUCUAGAGUGAUGGAAAAAAUGGACAAAGCUGAGUUCUGGAUCGGACUGACAGACUCAGAGGAAGAGAGUGAAUGGCUUUGGGUGGACAACACACGACUGGAUCGAAGUUUGACGUUUUGGCGUGAGGGCGAGCCAAACAACUGGAAUGUGACGAAUCCUGAUGGAGAGGACUGUGUGACGAUGUGGGAGAAAGACGGAGCCACGGACCUGAAGAUCUGGUUCGAUCAACCCUGCAAAUCACCUCAUGAAUAUAUUUGUGAGAAACCACAAAAAGCAUGAGCCUGAAUCCAGUUGGAUCAGAUUGAGCUCGAGUCCUCAGCCACUUUCACAAACUGAGGCAUGAAGCUUCAUUAAUGAGGAUCUUCUUCAGACAUAAACAAUUUCAAAUGAUAUCUAGAGUCUCAUAUGUUCUUCAGUUUCCUUCUUAUGUUAAAUUGACGUCUACUCCUCCCUCAUAUAAAAUCUAUGAAUAUUAAAGAUUAUAUAUAAUA